CUUUAUCAGAAACAAUGAAACUUCAAAUGCUCGAACCAUAACAUUACAUGAAUUGUAAUGUGUACAACUGUGUAGUCUGGUAUUCUAGUUGCGGGUAUAGUUACGUUUGUUAUAAUUAAUAUUGAAAUAUGUAUUGUUUUGAUUUACCAUUCACAUAGAAUUGUAUCUAUAUUCAAUCGAUAAUAAUUAUGCACAAUUUAUGAUUCGUUUUCAACCGUAAAAUGGACGCAGAUUUCGUUCAGCCACACAGAGCGACUUGUUAUUUUUUACCGUUAUAGCUUUAUUGUAGUGUAAAAUCACCUUCACUUUUUUUGAGUUUAAAAACAAUGGAAAAUGGACUCAGAUUUGUUUGAUGACGACAGUGAUUGUUCUAGUGAAGUAUCAGAAACGCGAUCAGAACUCGAAUCUCGAAUCUAUGGCAUUAUCCACCAUAACGAUUUUUCAGGGACUUCGGAGUCACCAUUCAUCGAUCCAAAGUAUGGUGUAGAAUUCAAUAACAAUGGUGAAAUAGUUGUGUUUCUCAAAGAUCCAGCCGAUAUAGUUAUCAACCCCACCGUUAAUCUAUCCGAGGUGUGUACAAAUAGUGUUAUACCAACACUUGUUUUAGAUGAUGACGAUAUUGAAACUUCCAAAGGUAUCACUAGUAUAAUUGUUGAUAACGAAUUUUCUGAAACAAGCUUGAAAAAAAAGAAGAAGAAAAAAAAGAAAAAAAAUGUAAAUAAUGAAAGUAUUGAGGAGUACAUUAAUAUUAUUAAGAAUACUGAUGCGUUAAAAGAAUAUAAAGAGAAAAGUGGGUUAAAUAAAAUGAAUACCAAAACUAGUAAUGUUCAUAAAGUUUCCCUAAAUGUAUCCUUGAAUAAUGAACGAGCAAUGCCAAUGACAGCAAGUGAAAUUUUGAAACAAUAUCGUAUUGGAAAACGAACUGAAUGUAGUUUGUGGUAUAGGUGCCCAAAGACAUGGACUCCAGAUAUGGUAAAAUUUUAUACUAAAAUUCAAAAGUCAAAACGAAAUUAUGACUGUAGAGAAGAACUAAACAAAAUUAAAGAAAAAUAUGGUUCAAAUCCAAUUGAUUGGUCUUUGGAUCCCUUGGAUGUGUAUAAAUCUAAUUCAAAUACACCUAGAAUGAGAUGUAAUAUUUGUAGACAAUUCGGUCAUACUGGGUAUAAUUGCAAGGAUCAAUAUAAACCUCCGAUUUGUAUUAUGUGUGGAGUGGAAGGACAUCAUUUUCAUAGUUGUAAUAAAAAAAUAUGUUUGUCGUGCGGAACUUGGCAAAAAAAUUUUACCAAUAAUUGUAGUAUCUGUUUAUCAAUGAUCAGAGUCAAAUGUAAUAUUUGUAAUGAUGUCGGUCAUGAAUCAAGUUAUUGCACAGAAACUUGGCGUCAAUUUCAUAGUACUAUUUCUACUGCACCAGAACCUGAAAGUAACAAAUUUGCUCAAUCUACUUCUAGAUCAAAUACUUCAAAUAUUGAGUCAAGGCAAUCUACUACAAGAAAGUCUGAAUCUUCAUUGACAUUAACUCCCAAUGUCAAAGAGAUAAGUAAAAAUAGCCCGAAAUCUGUUGAUUCUGGCAAAUCUAAAAAAGCAAAACGGUUGCAAGCUAAGGCAAAAAAACAUUUGAAAAACAAAAAUAAAAGUAAUCUCACAAUUUCUGAUAAUGAAUCCAUAAAUAUUGAUGUUAAUAUACAAGAUGUUACAUUGCAACGCACUCUAACAAAAAGAAAUUUUUUCAAGAAAAAAAAAUUAAGUGUUAACAAUUAAAUACAAAAAUUUGAGAAAUGACUAUUUACUUAAAAAUAAUAGAUUAGAUUUUUGAUGUGCUUACAUAUGACGCAUAUUGAUUUUUUAUUUUGUGAUACUCUUAAGUAUCUGUUGUUUUAGUAUAAUAUUAUUUUAAGUCUAAUAUUAUCUAGCAUAGAUAGAUUAAUUACAUAUUUUAUAGUGUCGUCUUUAGUAGAUUUGGAUGACGCCACAGUAUUAAAUACUAAUUGUAAUGUCCGUUAUUCAAGUCUCUGAUGUCCCAAAUUGUAGUAUUGUAUAAUAUGAUAUAAUUCUUUGGUUACAAUUUUUGGUGGCAAAGGUUUUUAAUGUACUUUAGUAAAUUUAAAUAUUACUUUAUGAUUUUAAUUUAUCAAUGUAUUACCUAUAUUACAUUUCCAUCAUUGCUCAUUUCAAAAUAGUUUGGACUUCUGAUAAAAAUAUCUAUUUAUUUAGUUACUCUUAAGGUCUUCAUAAAUAUUUAGCACUCAGUUUGAAUAAGACAAUGGAUGGAAUCUGAUAUUGAUAAUAUUCAAUUGCUAAAAUAUUAUUGGUCCUACAAUGGUAUAUUAAUUUGUAAAUCUUGUUUAUCUACUUUAAUUUUCAUGCCAAUCUUGUAACAUAACAUAACAUAUAACUGUAUUUGAAAAGUUUUUUUUUUAAACAAAU